AUGUGCGCAACUAUUGAUGUAGUCCGCCAGUAUAUGUACCAGGAAUUCUCUCAACAUUUUGUUUGGAACAAAAAGGACAAAAGAUGGACAAUACGAAAGCAAGGAUUUGCUAUCGGUAGACUAUAUUUUGCUAAUCUGUCUGUGGGAGAAAUCUUUUACCUUUGGCUCCUUUUCACUGUUGUUCGUGGCUCACAAUUAUUUAAUCACUUAAAAAUAGUCAAUAAUAUUGCCCAUUCAACAUUUAAAGAUGCAUGUCUAGCCCUGGGUUUAUUAGAAGAUGAUGAAGAAUGGAUCCAGUGUCUAGAAGAAGCUGCAGUCAUGUGUAGUGGCUUUCAACUGAG